GAACACCAUGGCUGACGGAGGUUUGAGUAAAAUGUACCAAUUGGUGCAGUGGUUGUCGAAUCAGAAGGACGUAGACGCGUUCUUAGAACCUGUCGACUGGAAGACUCUGGGGCUCACCGAUUAUCCAUUAGUGAUCUCGACCCCAAUGGACUUGGGAACCAUCAAAGGCCGUCUGGAGAGUGGACACUAUACUAAGCACGCUCAGGUCGCUGAGGAUGUGCGCUUGGUGUGGAACAAUUGCAAAACCUAUAACCAGGAAGGUUCUUACCUGUAUAAGAUUGCGGAUAAGCUGGCGGGCAAAUUUGAGGAGAAGUACAGCAAGAUCAAAACGGAGGAGCCUGAUGGCCCCGAGGAUGAGAACCAGCCACCUUCGCUUGAAGACAAACGACAAUUUCGUGAGAACAUGUACAGGAUCACUUCGGAUCAAUUGGGGGAGAUCGUACAAACAUUGGAGCAACAGUGUCCUGAAGCAAUAGCCAAGGUGGGCAACCAGGAUGAGAUCGAGAUCAAUAUCGACAAAGUCGCACCGCGGACAUUUCAUUUCCUGGCGAACCUGAUCAAGAACUCACUACCCGACAAAAAGGCAUCGGCGGCCAAGAAACAGAAGAAGGCAGCGGCAGGGGGAGCUGCACCCCCGGCAAGCACGAGCGGGUCCGUGCCCGGGUCCGCGGCUGUGCCAACUUCAGGGUGAGGGGCGACAUGUUGCGAAACGAUUGCGGCGCAAGGUUCGAGGAGCACGGCAGCUUGGAUGGUCCACCAAAUCAGAGGGGAGGUAUGAACCGAAUGGGUCCUUGCAGAGGUUCUUCCGAGUUGGUCGGGGGAAGAGGAUGAUGCAAGAGGAAGAAGCGGUGUGUUCGCAGUGCGGUGCGUGCUGUUGCGUACAAAGGAAAGUGCACCACGCGGAGCGCUUCCGGUCCUUUGUCACUCGAUACGUCGUGUCUCGCAGACACCGCUCGGAGAAAGGGCCGGUCACGGGGAUAAUUGAGAGAGAAAUUAAUGAAGCACGAAAGCAAAGGCGUGUUUGAUACAUGAA